CCGCUGGGGGGCGUCAUGUGACCCGGCGGGAGGGCGGGAGGGCGGCGAACACGGGGCCGAGACUGACACCUCCUACCUCAGCCAGUCUCCCUCACACCGAGGGUCGCCCUCAGCCCGUCUCUCCUCCCUCAACCAUCAUGGCCAAGGACUACCUGUUCAAGGUGCUUGUGAUCGGUGACAGUGCGGUGGGCAAGACCUCCCUUGUGCAUCGUUACACCAACGACAGCUUCAGCAAGCAUUACAAGUCCACCGUGGGAGUGGACUUUGCUCUGAAAACUUUACAGUGGUCUGACACGGAGGCCGUUCGGCUUCAGCUUUGGGACAUAGCAGGGCAAGAGCGAUUUACGUCGAUGACUAGGUUAUAUUACAGAGAUGCUGGGGCGUGCAUCAUCAUGUUCGAUGUGACGGAUAUAACAACCUUCCACAGCUGCCUCAAGUGGAAGCACGAUUUAGACAGCAAAAUUGCUUUGGUGGACGGAAGCCCAGUGCCAUGUGUUCUCUUGGCAAAUAAGUGUGACCUAUCAGAAUGGGCCAUCACCAGAAAUGAGAUAAAUAUCUUCAGUAAAGAGAACCAUUUUGUCGGUUGGUUUGAAACUUCCGUGAAACAAAACAAGAAUGUUGCUCAAGCCAUGAGUCUAUUGGUAAAGUGCUUGAUGUCAAAUUUGGGAACUCUGACACAGAGCCAAGGGGACUACAUUGAACUUAAGAAUGUGCCGACCAGUGAAAAACAUUGGAAUUCUGGGUGCUGUUGAAAAAUCUAUCCAUGUCCGACAUCAGUGAGGAUUUGUUACUUGCAAGACUCCCAGUGCAGUUGGUUUGCUCUUUGUUACCAAAGGAGUUCUGAACAUUCAACCAACAUAACGCCGACUACUUUUUUUACUGACUUGACAUGAGUUUUGAGUUGCUUAGUGGACUAAUUCUACCAGAUGUUCAGUUCAAAGUUUCCUGUUGACAUUAUUUUAGAUGUAAAAUUGGAAUAAUUCUUGUUUGCAUCACCGGCAGGCAUUGCCAAAGGUAUUGUCUCAGACGGUAUUAUUAAUGAAAGAAUUGCUCCUGUUAGAAAAUUUUAAUUAUGGUUUGAACUCCUGCCUUCGGUGAUCGAUCCAUGUUCGGGAAAGAGAAAAAAAAAACUGCUAAAAGGUUUUGCGUUUAAAUGGUGAAUGGCUAUUCACAUUAUGCAAAUCAAUAUAAUUGUGCCAAUACCUCUGGGAUUUUGUACAAAGCAAAUGAACAUUCUCUACUAUCCCCAUUUCCUACAGUACAGAUUGAGUGUUUCAUGUUUCCACACCUUCAUGUGUUACUUUAACUAAAAUAGGACAAGACUUUGCAGAUAUACAUCUGAUAUGCGGCAUGGAAACUUGAUAAAUCUUGAUUUAAUCAAGCCACUUGAUUAAAAUGUUAUCACCAGCUUUUAUUACCACUGUGUAAUGAGGCAAUACAUUUAAUUGAGUCCAUUUUUCAUAUAGUCCAAUAGUGGUUAGAAAACUGGUUUCCUUUAACUACGUGAUGGACAUGGUAAAAUCCUGCACAUUGAGUCACUUUCAAAUCUGUUCACUUUCUCUGAGGCGUGUUUGUUUGCAACUGAGCUGGAUUCAUUUUUGUAUAAUUAUAAAUGCCAGUGCUGCUUCAAGCAAGAAGCAUCUCAAUCCCAUGGUUUAUGGCAGCUUAUCUCAAUGUAAUUACCCAAUGCACUUAAAAUGUGAUUUUUCAAUUGUUAGGAAGUGUGACUAAUUGUACUGGUCUGCCUGGUGGCAUCAGUAUCGGUGGAAAUCGGUAUAUCAUCUUAUAAACAGCACUGAAAGAUAGAGAGCACUGAAAUUUCGCUUUGCACCAUAAUUCCAAAGGAUAGAUAUUGUUUGGACAUUUCAGAAAAUCUGCAAAUUUAAAAAAAAAAAUUCAGAGUCUGAAUAUAUUGUUAAAGACCGAGCUAUAUGAGCGUGAGUUGGUAUUAGUGAAUUUGGACAAUUCAAUGCUGCUGAUGUUUUCCAUCAUGCCUUUUAUGCUCUCCCAUUAAGUAUUUUGAAUAAAAUGUUGUGGUAUUUGUGGGAUGACCUUGCACUUCGGUAUUUAAAAGGAUUGCUUAUUAAUUUGUGAUCUUUGACAUUCCCACUUGCAUGCACAUUAUUCAGCCAAAAUGUGCAUUAUUCACUGAGACUUCUCUCCCUCUCCCAGCCCUUCCCAAACUUAAGUGAGAGAGAGAGGUAAUACUAAAAGAUCUGUUGUACGUCAAUUGUACAAUAUCCCCUGACGUCUGCAGUCUUUGGUGACAUUUAAGAAUUAUUUUAGUAAUCAAAGGCACAAUUUGAGAUACUCUGUAAAAUUAUUUUCAAUUUCCUAGUAAAAUAUUGCUGCAAAACUAAUCUUUGGAAAUAGGUCUGUCAACAUUUGUAGCGGGUAUAAUAGAAAAAAAUGGGUAGAGUGACAAAAUAGUGACGUGGAUUAAAAGCUAUUGGUUGUUUUGUAGCUAUGCUUCAUUUGAAAUGAUGAAUUCCUUUAAAGAUGGGUUAUUGUAGGUGUGAAAAGAUUGAUGAGGUCAGACUGUGUAGCAUUAUUUUUUUGGAGUGCACUGAACAAUGGCGUCAUAUUAGAGUAGCAUUUGCCUUGAUAAGGUUGGCAAACACAAGCCGUCCUCAUUUUGCCUAAUAUAGUUUGUUACUCUGGGGAGUUUGUUACAGAGCAUUGCAGUUUAUGGUCACCUUGUGAUUUGAACAUGAAUGUAACUCUUCCAGCUUGACAAACAAUAGAUAAACUUUGAUUCAAGCUUUCCCUUUUUAUCAUAAACACUGUUACUGUAAAGGCCGAUGCUGGGGUUGCAAGGUAAUAGUGUUGUUCAGGACUUUGUCAGUGAUGAAAUGCUUCUGACUUUAUCUCAAACUGCAUGAGCACUGCUCGUUUAUAUGACCAAAAAUGUAUUAAUGUCUUCCUAUUUUUUGAUAACUGAAUUUAAAG